AUGGCCUUUAAGAUUAUCGCUGCGUUCACAUGUUGCCUGGCACUGGCCAUGGUUAGCGCCUCACCAUAUGGUCACCACGGACAACAUGGCCAUGGCCACGGCCACGGCCACGAAGAGCAUGGACACGGUCACGGCGAUCACAGUGCCUCCAGUCACGCCUCCGUACACUUAGUCUCACAUGACGACCAUCAUGAUCACCACGAUCAUCAUGGGCACGGACAUGGCCAUGGGCAUGAUGAUGGUCAUGACUCGCAUGCUGAAUACAAGUUCAACUAUGGCGUUAAGGACAAGAAAACAGGCGAUGUGAAGGAACACAGCGAACAUCGAGAUGGUCAUAAGGUAUCCGGACAUUACAAGUUGAUUGAUGCUGAUGGUCAUAAGCGUACUGUCCACUAUACAGCUGACAAACAUAGCGGUUUCCAUGCUGUAGUGCAUCGUGAACCAACACAUCAUCACGUAGCUGACCAUGGUCACACUAGCUACCAUGGUGGACACGCUGUGGUCGAAUCUCACGAAGGUGGUCAUGCUGAAGGACAUGGUCAUGGUCAUGGGUAUGAAUAUGGACAUGGUCACGGACAUGAGCAUGGUCAUGGACAUGAGCAGGGUCAUGGACAUGAGCAGGGUCAUGGACAUGGCAGUCAUUCUAGUGGUUUCUCAAUCAAACAAGAACAUGGUGUAGCCGUCCAUCAUCACGGCGGCCACGAAAGCGGGCAUGGUCAUGGUCAUUAA